AUUUGUGUUAUGUGCUUAAAACACAAUACACAUCCUUUUCUGAAAGCAUGGAAAACUCUAGUGAUAACCCUGAAGACAAAAGACCUCAAUUCGGUAACCGUUACCUCACAGACAGCAACGACGUUUUUCAGCACAAUUCUUGGUAUGAAAAUAUUAAGACAUUUUGUUAGAUAUUGCCAUACAAGAUUUAGAAAAAAACCAAAGUAUGGUACUAGAUACCUUACAGAUCCUUCCAAAGUUUAUAGUUGUAAUGCAUGGGAUGAUGUUGAAUGGGAUGAGUCACAAGAACAAGAGGCAUUGAUAAAAGUGCAACAAAAUAGCACCAUAAAAUUUUCAGAACCUGAGAUAGAAAAAUAUGACAAACUUGCUAACAAAUUUUGGGACUCCUUUUAUGAUAUACAUGAUAACAAAUUUUUUAAAGAUAGACAUUGGUUAUUUACUGAAUUCCCAGAACUUGCCAAUAAAGACAGCAAAAAAUUGACCAUUUUUGAGCUUGGCUGUGGGGUUGGCAAUACUAUAUUUCCCAUUUUGCAAUAUAGUAAAAAUAAAGAUCUUAAGGUGUUCGGUUGUGACUUCUCAGAAAAGGCAGUUCAGAUCUUAAAAGAUUCUGCAACAUUUGACAAAGAAAGGUGUAAUGUUUUCGUGUUAGAUAUAGCAGAAGAUAUAUGGAAUGUUCCACUAGUAGAAAACAGUGUUGAUAUUAUAGUUAUGGUUUUUGUUAUGUCUGCAGUACACCCUGAUAAGUAUAAAAACAUAGCAAAAAAUAUUUACAAAUAUUUAAAACCUGGAGGCCUACUGCUGUUUAGAGACUAUGGUCGAUAUGAUUUAGCACAACUUAGGUUCAAGCCUGGCAGGUCCUUGGGUCAAAACUUUUAUGUUAGGGGAGAUGGAACUAGAGUUUAUUUUUUUACUCAAGAUGAAGUUAAGAAGCUAUUUAAAGAUGAAGGUUUUAUUGAGAAAGAAAACAGAGCAGACAGAAGGCUGCAGGUCAACAGAGGCAGACUUCUAAAAAUGUAUAGAGUUUGGAUACAAGCAAAAUAUCAAAAACCAGGAGUAUAAAUAUUUAUAAUUUGAAACAUGGAGAUAUGUAUGGUUUUGUUUUAAUAAUUAUAUUAAUAUUUUAUUUUA